AUGUCUGCUUCACCACGUCUGCGCGCAGUUGAGAUCUCGAAAAUCAAUACGUUCGCCGAACCUGUCAAGAGAAUACAUGAUGGUGCUGAUGUACAAUUUUUUCUUCAGUCGCUUGCAUAUAGGGAUGUUACUACCUUCAUACUUCAGUUGAACAGGUCUAUGGUGCCUAGAAGAACGACGUCCGAUAAUAGUAUUCAUGAGUUCAGGUUGGACCACGAAUACGAACCUAUUCACCAGGUGAGAUGCAUACAACAAGUUAUCACGAAUUUGGAUCUCCUGAUAUCUGAGGCACCACCAGACACAGGACCCAGAAGGUUUGGAAAUAUCAGCUUCAGGAAGUGGUACAAGCUUGCUGAGGAGUGCGCUCAGCGACUGCUAGAGGAAGUGCUGCCAGUAGAACUACACCCGGCAAUCGUCGAAUACAAGGCGUACCUGCUUGGAAGUUUCGGCAGCCCUCAGCGGCUUGACUAUGGAACUGGUCACGAAUUGAGCUUUAUUGCUUUCCUGGCCUCCUUAUGGAAGACUGACUAUUUCAGCAGCUCACCCAAGACGUCCGAGAACGCCGGCACCUUCACAGCACCCUCGUCCGUGAGCACAGAAAGACAGAUUGUUCUCUUGCUAUUUCAGCAAUAUCUGUCCCUGAUUCGAAAGCUCAUCAUCACCUACAAUCUCGAGCCUGCAGGCUCACAUGGUGUCUGGGGUCUAGACGACAAUUCCUUCUUGCCAUAUCUCUUCGGCUCUGCACAAUUCUGUCCACCGUUGCCUGAGGAUAAAUCUUCAUCUACACCGACACCGACUUCGGGCUCUCUAUCAUCUUCACCAGACCCUUCGAUUGUGACCAAACGGAACCUUGUUGAGAAGGAGGCAAAAGCUAACUUGUACUUCUCUGCUAUCGAUUUCAUCUACACUGUGAAACGUGGACCCUUCUGGGAACACAGUCCCAUUCUUUUCGAUAUCAGUGGCAUAAAAGAUGGCUGGGGCAAGAUCAACAAAGGCCUGAUAAAGAUGUACGACGCUGAAGUGCUCGCAAAAUUUCCAGUAGUACAGCACUUCCCCUUCGGCCGCCUGUUUGCAUGGGAGAAGGAUCCAGAUGCGAAAACGCCACUACAUAGCACACAUACCACGAGCCAACCACUUCGCGACCCUAGAGGUGCUGGGAACGGUUCUGCUAUGAUGCGUCCUCCUCCAGGUCCAGGAGUAGGCACUGCAGCUCCUUGGGCUGCCCCAGCAGGCUCAAGGCCAGCUCCGGCAGGGUUCGUCAAUGGUGUCACACAGGCACCUUGGGCAAAUGCACCUGUGACUCGAAGAGCAGCAGCACCGUCUCUUCAUUCUCAAGCUUCGAGGCCCACAGGCAAUUCCGCUAGAAACUCUGGGUCGCAGUUCUUGCAACGGCCCGACCAGAGACCUGUUUCUGCUGCGUCACCUCAGCAGGUCAAGCUCGCCGAGAAGACUGCUGAGACGGUACCUGAAGAAAAGACUUGA